AUGCUUUUCUCUCGUGGUGGUAUCAACUUGCGCUGUCUGUCCCCCAGCUUGGAGGUCAAGCCGCCCUGGGAUACCGGCCAACUUGUGUGCGCAACAGCCUCAGGAGACCACUGCUGCCUGCAUCAUCAUCACCACCAACUGCUGCACCCACAAGCCACUCGUCCAUGUCAGAAACUAUCAUCUCUGUCAGCCCAUGAAGUGGUGGCAUGUCCGUGUCGAGACGGUGACGAUGCUGUCACGGCCCUCCUUGUACCCAGUCAUACAACCUGGCCCCAUGACCUGGUUACGUGGAAUAGGGAAGAGAAGGCACUGAUUCAUCGCCGACUCUGUCGGGGUAAGUGUUUGUUUUUUUUAUCCCCAUCUAUUUCGUUUUAG